CGCCCCGUUGAACAAGAUAGGGGCCGCACCGUUGGGCGCGUUGAAACCGUCCUUGGUGAAGAAACCGCCCGGUACGCCGGCUAAGAGGCCCGGCACAGGGCUGUCCCGGCAAAGGUCUGGUGGUAGUCAAGAGUCGCUCAACUCUAUCGCCUCGUCCACCGCCAGCUCUACUCGGCCGAGGGUUAGACUCGGUGUGACUUCCCUGUCGUCCAGCCAUAAGGGCGGCAAAACACCGUCGGCACAGUUGACGGCCACCUCAUCGGCGCUAAACGACGUGAUCAAAGAGAAAGAGGACCACAUCUCGCAACUGUUGAAAGAGCGCGACCUGGAGAGGGGCGAAGUGGCCCGAGCGGCCACCCAAGCGGAUCAGCUCGAAGAGAAGUUGACUGCACUCCAGUCCGAGCACCAGAAGCUGGUCCAGGAGGCCGACGACGAGAUACAGGAGCUGAAACGGCUCAACCAGGAGUACGAAGAGAUGCAAAGCAAACUCAACGCCCAGUUGGACGACGAGCGCAAAAAGCUGGAGGACUUGCAGUUCAGACUGGAAGAGGAGACAAUCACGCGGACAGAGUUGGAGUCAAACGUGGAGACACUGAAGGCCGAGAUGGAGACGAUUCGGCAGCAAAUGAAAUCAGACGCCGAACUGUUGACCAAAUCGGACUCCGAAGUGGUGGACGCACUGCGGGAACGGCUCCGGGAGGCCGACCAGCGCCGCGAGUCGGAAGUGUUUGGCCUCCAGGAGGAGGUCGUCCGCAAAGAGGAGUCGGUGUUGCAGUUGGAGGCGUCCGUCGAGAAGAGGAACACAGAGUUGGCUAACUGUCAGAAGAGGUUACUCGAGUUGGAACAGGAGUUGGACAGCACUAGACAGAGGACUGAUAGGCAAAUUGAGUCUAUAGACGAGCUAAACAUGCGGAUCACGCGGGAGGAGACGGCCAAACAGGAACUGUCUGACGAGUGCAAGCAAUUGAGCGCACAGUUGACGGACACAGAGAAACGGCUCCAGAAUCUGGAGGACAAACUCCGGGCGGCGGCCGACGGCAAGCACGAGCUCGAGUCGGUGCUCGACGGCAAGGAGGCGGCCGAGCGGCAGCUCGAGCACAGCCUACUCGAGACCAAACGUAAAUACGAAAAGUUUGAAGCCGAAGUGCACUCACUUGAACGCGAAUUACAGCAAAUCAGAUGCGAGUGCGACGACGAGUCGCGACGUCGACGGGACGCCGAGGACAAGUGCGCUGUACUCUCGUCGAUGAACCACACGCUGGACCUAAAGUGCGAGGAACUGCUCCGUACGUCGGGCGCCAACUCAGACCUACUUCUCAAAGUGAACACCGAAGUGAUGGACAAACAGCGAGAGUUUCAACAGCGAGAGAAACAGUGGAAACAGGAGUUGGAGGUUAAGCGCCGGGAGAACGAGGCCCGGAGUGAUGAGCUCCGGGUGCAGAGUAUUGAGUUGGAGGACCGCAAGUCGCUGUUGGACAGGACUGAGCGCAAGUUGGCCGACAUGGAGGCCGAGCUGAAGCAUAUGGACCAGGAGUUGAAGUUAGCCCGCAGUGAUUGCGACGAGAAGGACCAGACGCUGCAGGAGCUCCGCCAUCAGGUGUCCGAUUUGAGACAGAAGCUGACCGCAGAGGCCAGGGAUCAGGAGAUGACUAAAGGCGACUUGGAGUACAAACUGCAGGACAUGGAGAAAGAGCUGGCGGUGAAGAGCCAGGAGCUGAGCGGCCAAAAGCAGGAGCACCGGGACCUCAAGGACCAGAAGUUUGAGCUCGAGCUCGAACGGGACAAAUACCGUCGCGACGCCGACCGGCUGGAGAAGGCGUGCGCCGACAAACAGGACACCGUCGACGCCCUGCGCGAGGACAUGAAACGUAUGAGCGAUGAGUUCGCUGAACACCGGGUGGCUAUUGAGCAACAGUUGACUGAGUCGUCGGCCACGGGUAGUGCACUCAAAGAGUUGGGUCAGGAGAUUGAGAAACAACGGGAGGCGUGUCGUGAAGUGGAGGACGAGAAUCAGUCGCUUAAGGAUGACAAUCGACACCUCCGGCAGAAGGUGGAAGAGCUCAGGGAUGACAUUGAGGAAAAUGGCAAUAACAGUGGUCACCCUAAACGCUCCUGGUCACCACCACUACCAAGAGCAGUUGAUGCCCGGCAUCGUACCAGUGCUGCAGCUGCAUCACUGCCGCUGAUCACUACUAACACUAUUCUGGCCGCCGGGCUAUGCCUGACAGCCGUGUUGUUUGGCUUACCUCUGGACAAACGGCACCGGGAAGUGCUGCAGGAGUUCGAGUACGAGUGCGAACGACUGGCGGGCAAAGCCGAGACGGCGGCGGCGUUGGCCGAAGACCGGGCCCACCGGCUCCGGGACGUGGAGGAGCAACAGGGAGUGGCCAUCGACCAGUUCCGCCGGCAGGCGGAGUUGGAAAAGCGUGCCCUCGAGGCCACACUCAACGAGUUGGAGGUGAAAGUGCGCGAAUCGAUUGCGGCCAACGCCGAGGCCACCCGUCGACGGCUACAGGAGGCGGAUAACGAGGCCGGUGUGGGCGCCGCCGCCGCGGCUGAUAGUUAUGAACAACAGAUAGAGUUCUUGAAUUCGGUGAUUGUGGACAUGCAGAAGAAGAAUGAUGAGCUCAGGUGCCGCGUACAGGUGCUCGAAGAGAUUGGUCUGGACGAAUUCGACUUUAGCAACGUGUUCAACAACCCGGCGUCGGGCAACGGAAACAACGGACACAACAACGGCCAUCAGUCCGGGGGUCGGCCCACCGGCACCAACGGCCACAUACGGGCGCCGCGAAAAUUCUGCGACAUUUGCGACGUGUUUGACACACACGAGACCGAAGACUGUCCGCAACAGUCGUCGGCCGCCGCUAUCAUUAGCGAAGCCCUGAGCGGUCACACCUACUACAGGGCCUCGCGUUCAGAGCACCGACCUUUUUGCCUACAGUGCGAGCGCUUUGGCCACAACACCGAACACUGUCCCGACGCCGAAACCUUCUGAUUGGUUUGGCUAAUACUUUGGCCCCUCCCCCUAACCCCCUAAAUACCGCACAUAUAUUUUUCUGGACUACAUAUGAUUU